AUGGCGGAGGGUCAGCAAGUUCCUACCUUCAAGCUUGUGCUGGUCGGUGAUGGCGGUACUGGCAAGACCACCUUCGUGAAGCGUCACUUGACGGGCGAAUUCGAGAAGAAGUACAUCGCCACUCUCGGUGUCGAAGUCCACCCUCUCGCCUUCUCCACCAAUCUCGGCCAAAUCCAAUUCGACGUCUGGGACACAGCAGGGCAGGAGAAGUUCGGUGGUCUGCGUGAUGGCUACUACAUCAACGGCCAGUGCGGCAUCAUCAUGUUCGACGUGACCUCCCGCAUCACCUACAAGAACGUACCGAACUGGCACCGAGAUCUUGUGCGGGUGUGCGAGAACAUCCCGAUUGUGUUGGUCGGCAACAAGGUUGAUGUGAAGGAGCGUAAGGUCAAGGCUAAGACGAUCACCUUCCACCGCAAGAAGAACCUGCAGUACUACGAUAUCUCGGCCAAGAGCAACUACAACUUCGAGAAGCCUUUCCUGUGGCUUGCGAGGAAGCUUGUCGGCAACCAGAGUCUUGAGUUCGUUGCUGCACCAGCCCUCGCUCCUCCGGAAGUCCAGGUUGACCAGGCCGCUAUGGAGGCAUACCAGAAGGAGAUGGCCGAUGCCGCGAACAUGCCACUUCCUGAUGAGGAGGACCCUGACUUGUGA